AUGGAGCCUUCAUCUGAAAAACCGGAUGAAUUAUCAUUCGACAUCAGCUCCCAAUGGGAGCCACACGAUAAUGCCACCACUUUCAUCGACAAUUCCAACCACCUGGACGAGAACAAGGUGUCAGAUUCAGACAUGGAUGCGUACGAGCCGAAAGUCGAAGAAUGGGUGCUUGCCCACAAAGUGCGCCGCUUGAAUGGGCGAGAGAUCGAGGCUGGGUUGAAAUCAGCUAGCAUCAGGCGGAUCGAACGGCUACUUUUUAAAAUACUGAUCGGCGAUAUCCUUGCUAAGGAUGUACAGCAGGAGGAAGCGGAUACGUGUGGCAAACCCCCUCCCCGCGCCAGCUGGACCCUCGUUUACAUGGAUGCCUCUUUCACCUAA